AUGAGUUUGAUGGUGCCACGCAAAUAUCAGGGUCUGGAUGCGGCCAAUGGUCAGCCCAUAUGUUUAAUUCCGGUUAGUUUUACCCUCACUGACCCAAAGACACGGAUACCUGUGAGAGUAGUAUUGGGUGACCAGGAUAUCAAUGAAAACACUGAUGAUCCGACUAAAUCUGCCACACAAUACCCCAAAUGCUAUAAGUUUCAAGAUGAUAAUAUUGUGCUUAAUAUAAUCGAUACGCCGGGAAUUGGGGACACAGAGGAAUUGUUCACUCAUUUGAAUAAAAGCACCGCAAAUAAUAUAAUAUUUCUAUACACUAACGCCCGGAGCACUCACUACUUGCCCGGCGAUUCCAGUCCAGCCUUAAUGAGUGUUUUAAACAAAGUAAAGAAUAGACCGCCAAAAGUGGACAUCAUUUAUAACAAGGAGACGACCUAUUGUUUUGAUAACGAGUCCUUCCGAUAUCUCGUGGCUUUGGUUCCGCCAAAUAAUAUACAGUUUGACACCAAAUAUAAGCCAAGUUAUGUGGAAAGUUGGAAGAGAUCUGUAGAGGAAUGUCAGCGACUAUUCAGUUACAUAACACAACUCACACCACACAAAGUGAUGGACACCCUAUCCCUCAAUAACGCCAAACAAAUCAUACAAUUAUUAACUAAACCUAUGGCUGACAUCACGAAGAAUAUCGCGGAUAAUAUUAAUGAAUGCGAGAGAUAUAUGGCUGAAGUCCAUGAAUACAAUGAAUCCAUUGAAAGCCUACAGCAAAAACUAUACAUACCAUCGGUUGAGAUAAAAACCAUACCAUUAGAUCGACCCAAGACUGUAUGCGUUGAGGGCAAGUGCUGUACGCGUCAAACACUAAAUGGCCUUGUCCAUACAAAAUACAACGAAUGCCAUUCACCAUGCUACCUUAAUUAUAGCAGCAACACUAUUGUGGGCACUAAAGGUUUAAUACAAUGCAAAGCAUUCAAUGCGAACAGUAAUAGCGACCUUCGCCCUGGUGAGCCAACAAAAUUGUCCAGGGCAACUUUUUCUAACAAGCACUGCCUCGAGUGCGGCCACAGUUACAAAAAGCACUUGCAUUUGUGGUACGAAACGGUGGCCAAACUGAACGAAGUGAUCGAUCAAACGGUAGACUCGGGGCUCAGAGCUAACCAAUCGGCCGCUGAGGCCAAAGAGCAACAGAUCCUACUUCUGGACCAACGGAUCGCCGAAUUGAGCGCCGAAAGCAAUACAAUUGUUUACUCUAUGGCAGAGUUUAUGUGUUUUUUGGCCGCCAAUGCGUUGACGCCAUUGAACGACGCCUUUGGAAACUAUGUUAAGCACAUGAUUGCCAACGAGUCGUUUGAAACGCCCGGCGCUGACAGCCCGGCCACUGCGGACCGACUCAAACAUGUGUUAGAGAAAUAUAAUACCGAUAAAGAGUUGGUUAAGUUAGCCGUUAAAACCACUCGCGGGUCAAAGGGUUCGGUGAUUACCGUAGAGGAAAUAGACGAGUGCGUUCGUAAACUGUGCAAGCUCAAACAUAAGGGUAAAGAAAUUAGCAACAUGAUAGAUGAGCUGCCGUUUGAUAAAUCUUCAGAUAUGGACAAAUCGCCACCAAAACAAAAAAAAGAGAUUACAGUACUAUUGUUGGGACAGUCAGGUGUGGGAAAGUCCACAUUUAUUAACGCAAUCGUAAACUAUUUGUCCUUUGAGACAAUGGAUGCGGCGAACGGUCAGCCCAUAUGCUUAAUGCCCGUCAGCUUUACAAUAGCGGACCCCAUGACUAGAAUGCCGCUGACAGUAUCGCUGGGUGACCAGGAUCACGCACAGGAAAAGAUUAAGGACACUACCACAUCUGUCACACAAUACCCCAUGUGUUAUAAGUUUGAAGAUGAUAAUAUUGUGCUCAAUAUAAUCGAUACGCCGGGAAUUGCGGACACGGAUGGUGUGGAUAAAGAUAAUGAAAAUAUGAAAAAUAUUUUAGAUUUUAUUAGCAAUUAUCGAGAAAUUAAUGCUUUUUGUGUUCUACUAAAGUCUAACGACACCAGAGUUAGCGUUAUGUUCAAGUAUUGCAUAUUUGAAUUGUUCACUCAUUUGAAUAAAAGCGCCGCAAAUAAUAUACUAUUUCUGUUCACAAACUGCCGGAGCACUCAUUACAUGCCCGGAGAAUCCGGUCCCCUAUUAAUUAGUAUUUUGGAGCAAAUCAAGAAAAGUCCCCCAAAUGUUGAAAUACCUUAUAAUUUGAAUACAACGUAUUGUUUCGAUUCCGAGUCGUUUCGAUAUCUCGUGGCUACGAGUGAUCCUAAUAAUAUACAGUUUGACCCAAAACAUAAAGCUAGUUAUGUUGAGAGUUGGGAAAUAUCUGUGAAGGAAUGUCAGCGCUUAUUUGAGUACAUAAUACAACUCACACCACACAAAGUGAUGGACACCUUAUCACUCAAUAACGCCAAACAAAUCAUACAUUUAUUGACCCAACCGUUGGCCGAUAUCGCAAAGAAUAUUGCGGAUAACGUUAAGCAAUGCGAAGAACAUAGCGUUGAGAUCAAUGAGUUUACGGGAACUAUUGAAGAGUUAAACAAUAAGCUAUAUAUACCAUCGGUUGACAUAAUAACCGUACCAUUGGAUCGACCAAAGACUGUAUGCAGUGAUGGCGAGUGUUGCGAAGCGAAAAUAAUUAACGGGGUAACCGACAUUACCUACACGCGCGAAUGCCACUCACCAUGCUACCUUGUCUUAAACACUGGCGAUAUUAUGGGAAACACGGCUUUAUUGCGAUGCAAGGCGUUUAACAAGGAAAGUAGAAGCGAUCGUAACCGGGGUGAGUUGAAAUCAUGGUGGUUGGCCAGGGUGCUAUCCAAGCCAAGUGAGAAACGCAAGGAAAAAGGUGCACAGUCAAAUGAGUGUCACGUAUGCGGCCACAGUUACGAGAAGCACAUGCAAUUGUUAUACGAAACGCAACAAAGAGUGACCAAGGUCACCGACCAGGCUGUGAACACGCAGAUCAAGUCCGUACAAAUGGCCGCCGAUCUUAAGGAGCGUCAGUUACGAAGUCUCGACAAACGAGUCGCCGAAUUGAACGCCGAAAACAAGAUUAUCGCUCAAUCGGUGCCAAAGUUUGCUUGUUUUCUGGCCAACAAUGCGUUGACGCCUAUAAACGACGCGUUCGAGGACUACGUCCGGCACCUCAUAGCCAACGAGCGGAGAGGUUUGGCGACGUCCGGCGCCGACAGUCGGGUCACAACCGAACGACUCGAACAAAUGCUCGAUCAAUACAAGGAUGAGAAAGAGUUGAUUAAGUCGAAAAUGAAUGAGCCCGAUGCCGGUUCACCUGGCUCCAUUACGUUGGCCGAAAUAAACGCGUGUGUCGAGCGACUGCGCAUGCUCAAACAUAAGGGUGGUGAAAUUAGUAGAAUGCUCGACGAACAGAGUCGGGCAAAAGUGAGUCGACACGUACGUCAGAAUCACGUAGAUUGUAGAGCAUUGCCCAAUAAUAAAUUCAGCAUUGCCAAAUUGUUCUCCAAAAAAUGA